AAAACUUCAUUGGUUGAAAUAAACACGAAAGUAAACUUAUGGUCAAUUUGUUGCCACGUCAUCAUCAACGAUAAAACUGAUAAUGGGAUUAGAGAUAACUUUGUCUGAAGCAAAGGACUCGCCGGUGCAGAGAGACACAGCGGCAAAUAAUGGCGGGAGCUUUCUUCCGUUUGAAAACCCUCUCUCCCAUGGCCAUGGCCAACGCCGACAUUCAACUCCCGCUUCAACUCCCUCAGAAUGUUCGCAAUUCGAGGGUUUUGGUACUCGGAGGCACCGGCCGGGUCGGAGCAUCCACUGCCAUUGCUCUCUCAAAAUUCUGUCCAGACCUUCAGAUCGUGAUCGGUGGUCGUAACAGGGAAAAGGGUGAAGCUAUGGUCGGGACACUCGGGAGAAAUUCUCGGUUUGUGGAAGUUGAUGUUGGUAAUGUAGAUAUGUUGGAGGCUGCUUUGAGUGACGUGGAUCUUGUAGUUCAUACGGCUGGACCUUUCCAGCAGACAGAGAAGUGCACUGUACUUGAAGCUUCCAUAAAUACCAAGACAGCCUAUGUUGAUGUCUGUGACGAUACAAAGUAUUCACAAAAAGCAAAAUCUUUCAAGAAUAAAGCUAUCGAUGCAAACAUUCCAGCUAUUACAACUGCUGGCAUUUACCCUGGAGUGAGCAAUGUAAUGGCAUCAGAGCUUGUACGUGCUGUGAGAGAUGAAAGCAAGGGUGAGCCCGAGAGGCUAAGAUUCUACUACUACACUGCAGGCACUGGUGGUGCUGGCCCAACUAUAUUAGCUACCAGUUUCUUACUUCUGGGAGAGGAGGUGGUCGCUUAUAAUAAAGGGGAAAAGCUCAAACUAAAACCUUAUAGCGGAAUGCUCAACAUUGACUUUGGAAAAGGAAUUGGGAAAAGAGAUGUAUUUCUGCUGAACUUGCCAGAAGUAAGAACUGCUCAUGAAAUCCUGGGAGUGCCAACAGUCAGUGCUCGUUUUGGAACUGCACCAUUUUUUUGGAAUUGGGGAAUGUUGGCCUUGACCAAUCUUCUUCCGUUGGAAUAUUUUAGAGAUAGAAGCAAAGUUCAAAAUUUGGUUCAACUAUUCGAUCCUUUUGUUCGAGCAUUUGAUGGUCUUGCUGGAGAACGUGUAUCCAUGAGGGUUGAUUUGGAAUGUUCUAAUGGGCGAAACACUGUGGGUAUUUUCAGUCAUCGGAGGCUCUCCCAAUCAGUGGGAUAUUCAACUGCUGCAUUUGCACUUGCUGUUCUUGAGGGAAACACACAACCUGGAGUUUGGUUCCCCGAAGAGCCCGAAGGAAUAGCAAUUGAGGCGAGGGAAGUUCUUCUAAGCCGUGCUGCCCAAGGGACGAUCAAUUUUGUAAUGAACAAGCCUCCAUGGAUGGUUGAAACAGAGCCUAAAGAACUUGGUUUAGGAAUAUAUGUCUGACAUUCCCCCACAACACCGAAUCUUUCAUUUGUCGACUUCCUGGUGUUGUUGCACCCAAUUGAUGGUGUCAUCUCUACCUAAAAGUACUGGAAGUAGCUUUUUGUCUGAUUUUGACUAGAUCAGGCUACUUUGUGGAUAGCUGAUGACGAGGAGGAAAUUCAUGUAAUUUAUUUAAGUGUAUAAUUUCCGUGGGACAACAAACUAGAAAUUGAAUGAAACUUUUGCGAUACAUUGUAUGCUUUGUUUUAGAAAUUAAAGCGAAUCUCCAUUUUUUCCUUU